AGCUUAACCGUCACGGGGAUACAUUUACUUCCGGUAGCGGUACCGCGCCUCUUUCGGCUUUAUUUUAGUUCAUAAACUUAAAAUCCGACAUUAAUCUGCAUUCCAGAGCAAAAAUACAUCGUCCCCAAUUGAUAUUUAGAUCAUCUUUUGCAACAAUUUACCACAUUUAUAAAGAUCGUGAAUCAGCGCUCUCUUGGGCGUCGCGAAUAUCCGUACUCGCAAUUCUGGGAGCAGAUCGCGAAUACCCGAGCACCCGGAUACUCGUUACAGCCCUAGUCACAACUGAAUCCGAGUUCCUGAUAGGAGAGGUGAAAGUUUAACUGGUUUAAAUUUCAAUCCACAUUCAGUUGCUGCCUGAAAAUUGACUUAAAAACUUGUUUAGCAAACAUAAAUAGCCAGUUUAUACAUAGACCUCAUUGAAAGUGGCCACUUGAAUGCAGGUGAACAUUGUUUAUGGCUUUAAAAAGGAAAAUUGAAGGUUGACUUUAUUCUGAUUUCUGUACCAAGGAUUUAUCAGGAAAAUAUCAAUACAAUUGUAAUCGUUUUCCAACAUGUCUCUGUGUGCCUGAAAGGGAGGAAAGUUUGAUGGAAAAUGAUAGAAAAAUAGUAUCAACAAAAGCUUUCAAGCUGGAACAAGACAGAACAUUUCAAAGCAAUUGAGUACAUCAGAACUUUCAUUUUCCUUCAAAAGUGUGUCGUUUGAGCCUCCCACAGACGGUGAAGCUUCUCCACUCUCUCCGUGUGUCUUCCAGGGCAGUGCGUGGAGCGACUGCCUGUAUGGAUGCUGCUGCUACACUCUCUCCUGGCUCCAGAUCUCCAGAGAGCUGAAGAGAAGAGCAGCCUCCCACGCCGCCUCCUCCUCCUCAGACAGAUACGAGGCUCUGGCUUCCCUGCAGGGGGCGCACUUGGUCUAGACACCUGCAGAACUGACUGGUGGAGUACAAGAGCAGAUUUAAACAUAUUUCUCCAUGUCUGUUAGCACUCCUGCAGCAUUGUGUUCUGUAGAGGAGGAAACUCAGGUCAUACAGAAAAAAAAGAAACAUUCAGCAUCAAAACUUAGCAAAAAUUUGAGAAGAACUUUCUAGAAGUUUGUAUAGUUUCCUUCUUUUUUUUAAUCUGCAAUAACGUCUCGUGUGUUGUUAUCGAUUGUUUCGUUCUUUCCCCAUGUUGGAGUGUUAGUUCCUCCUUUGUGUGUCACAUAUGUUGUUUAGUGAAACCUCACGCGUCAUUGUGUGUUUGUGUUCCUGCUUUUUGUUGCUAUGAUUAUUUCUGUAUGUUUUUUGGCAUGUAAAAACUCAAUCACACUUCCAACUAUUUCAGUCAUCUUGGUAUCAAAACGUUCAGCUCGUUCAGGACAUUACUGUUUGUAUAUUUGGUCUUUGUAAAUUUUAUAGUUUUUGAAAUAUUGAGCAAAAUAUGCCCCAUAGGAAAUGAAGGAGAACGUCUUCAAAUUUCUAAAUUUUAAGUAGAUUAGCAACAAGUUUUUAAAUAUAUUCAUGGAAAAUGUUUUAAUCUUUUAUAGCAAUUUUCAAAAAAAUUUGAAUUUAUCAAAUAUAUCAGUAACAUACUAAUUUUUUGGCUAAUUUGUUAUCUACUGGUGUUUAUUAGGCUAAUUAAGAGUUUAACUUCUAUUUUAGCAACACUAAUGUUAUGACUUAUUUAGUUUACCAAGGAAUUUUAGUCCAUUUUGGAGUUUAGCUAGUAUAAAAACAAUGAGCUGGCUUGUUUUUUUUUUUUUUUUUUUUUUUGCUGAUUUGGUAUCUACUAAGUUUUUUGGUGCUAAUUUCUGUUAUUUAAUCAACACACUACAUUUUUGGCAAAAUUUUCAUAUAUUAGGGAUUUUUAAGCAAUAUUAUUAUCAUUUUUUCAGAAAUUUAGAUCAAAUUCAGCGCUCUUCAAGAGAAUCUGGCUACAGAGAAAAAAUAUGAAAAUUAAUAGCAGGAAGUCCCUCCCCCUGCUGGAGCCGACCACAAACAUAAACAUAGUUUUAAGCUUUUGACCUUUUUUCUCUCUUUUAUCGACCCUUUUUGCUGGCAUUUCGUGGCUCUGAUCAGCUGAUUCUUGGGAAAAAAAAACUGUUAUAGUUUAUUCUCAUUCAAAGGCGUAAAAGUUGAUAGAUCUGAAAAGGUUUUAGUGUCUCAUUUUGAAAGGGUUUUCUAAAGUUUAGGAAAUUUGAAACGAUUUAACAUACAAUAUGGUUGUAUUAGGAAUGUGGGCGUGGCAAAAAAAAUCUGGUUGCCAAGGAAAACCAAAAAUUUAGUUUUGCCGAUUCUCCUAAAAGUUACAUGGAACGGUGCAUUCACUCCAGGCGAUCUAAAUUUAAAAUAGUUGCUAUGGAGAUAAGACCAAAAGAAAAGCUGCCAUUUUGAAAAAGAAAAAAAAACUGUUUUAUUUUUCAUGAAUUUGCAGCACUGACUGGUUUAUUUUUGGUUUAUUUCAACUGUUUUUUAUGUAUUUUAAUGUUAAUAAAACCUCUUCCUCAGUUUGAAUAAGUCUAACGUUCCAUUUUUUAAAUUUGAGGCGAGCAACAAAUGUUGCAGUUCCUCAAAAAAACACUAGAGGGACAUAAAAUCUAUAUUCGGUUUGCUUUUUUUCUGGUAAAAUAUUGUUUUCAUGGGUAAAAAAAUAGAAAUGCAAGUACAAAUGAUGCUUGCAGAAUUUUCCCCCACUGGGUUUUCCUCUGCAGGUGGUUUUAUGGUCAUAAGAUCUUUUAUGACAGCCAAAGAUUGUUAUAGGAAAACCAGGAAUGCAGAGUUCCAAUAAUCAAAGACUUUACAGCAUAAAGCAGGAUGAAACCUCCAAAACAAGAGACGUAAGAUGACAAACAUCUUGAUGCCAAUCAUAAGAAGUGGCAGUCAGACUGCACAGACUGGUCAGCGCACAUUUCUUUAGCCGUCAUUGUUACGCUUUCCUUCCAACACGCCUUUAUAACCCGGCUUUAGGCCACCAUGAGACACUGAAGGACUGACGGACUGAACCACAUGAGGAACUGAAACUAUGUCGGGGAAGGUUCAAACAUUCCAGCCGCGGCCGUACAUCGCCACCAGCAUAUCAAACGAGUGGAGUACUGGCAUCUGUGACUGCUUCACUGACCUCCCCAGCUGCUGCUUUGCGUUCUGGUGUUUUCCGUGUUUCUCCUGCAUAACGGCCAAAAAAGCCGGAGAGUGUCUGUGCUUACCUCUGCUGGACGCUUUCGGCUUCAUCCCGCCCAUCACCACCGCCAUGAGGGUGUCCAUCCGCCACCGAUACGGCAUUCAGGGGGACAUCUGCCACGACUGCGUGUACUCCUGCUUCUGCGGGCCCUGCACCUGGUGUCAGAUAUCGAGAGAGAUGGAAAUACGUAAAGCGCCGAUGAUCUACGCAGCCUGAAAAGGACCUAAUCCCCCCAGCCGUCACCUGCCCCAUUCAUCAUCAGCUUUAUCACCAUGUGGCCCGGCCGCUGGUUCCUCCAGAGCGUCAAACGCGUCUGCACAGGAGGAAUGCGAUGGAGCAACAUCAGGGUCAGAAUGGAAAACUCUCGUAUGAGAUAAGACGUGAAGGACAAAACAGGUUUUAAUGAAAACGUGUUGGUGAUAUUUAGGUAAAGUUCCUACACUUUGAUGUUUCAUACCUAUGCAUUUAUACUCUGUCUUCUCCUGGGUAAGGAUGGCUGUCUGACAUAUUAUGAUUUCUAGAUGCAAAAUAUUUUUGUCAAAUCCUUUAAAAAUCUUUGUUUGUGUCAUCUUUAUAUUUUUCUCUUAUACCUCAUAACAUCAUGGAAAUAAAUAGUAAUUGUAGCCCAAGGUGGUAAUUAGUGCUAAAAUGUGAUUAAUUAAUUAUAACCUGUAAAUAAUUAAUGUAUUUUUAAUUAAACCUAAUAUUUGUUGUAAAAAGCCUCAUUUUCAUUUAAAUUUGUGAUGCAGUAAAAUAUCAAAAUACAACAAAAAUUAGUGGCGCUCAUGAAGUUUUUUAUAUUUUUACACCACCAAUUUGUAUUUAUUUUGUCAAUUUUGAACAAUUAAGACCAAAAGAACAAAAACAGAGCUCUAAUAUAAUGUGAGUUAAAGUUCCAUGAAUUUAAAGGGAUCCCAUCCAUGGUUUUCUAAUUAAUUAGUCCGCACUAAACAACACUAAUUGGUUUCUUGAAAAAUCGACUUGGAGAGUCGAUGCAAUUUUUUCCCCCUAAAAGAUACUUAUUUUAUUGACAAACUAACCAAAUAAAUAUUAAUUUAUUAAAAUAAAUUCAGCAGAGAAGGCUCUAAAAGCUCAACACUGGAUUUUUGUAAAUGCAAACGUACAUUGGAAAGCUGUCGAUCAAGUUGCAAUAGGCGGUGCUUGUUUUACAGUCUUGGAACGAUGGUAUCUCCCAGGUGAACGUCAGGUCUGUCACCUAAAGCCUGCUCACAACGGAGUCAUGCAACAGGAAAACCGUCUGCGGCACGCCAGCAAAUGUUCUGGUGAAUUUCUAUCAAAGGAAAUACUUUGAAGUUUUUGACGAAUAAACCUUUAAAUUAACACGGGUAAUAUGUCCAGUCAUAUUUGAAAAAAUAAAGGUUUAUUCCUCACGGUUUGCACCAAAGUU